GGCGCCCGGCGCUGGAGGUUUGGGCACAGUCACUGGGUCGCUCUUUGCCAGCGCCGGUGCGAAGGAGCUGGCUUUGGGCACGCGAGGCCGGACGCGGGCAGCCGAGCUGCCGGGGUGGGGGGUCCCCAGCCAGGAGGGCAGCUGCCCCCAUCCCCAAGUCCAGCGAUGAGCAGCUCCUUCGACAAGAAGCUCUCCAGCAUCCUCACCGACCUCUCGGGCUCGCUGAGCUGCCAUGCCGCCUCCAAGGACUCUCCCACCCUUCCCGAGUCCUCCGUCACCGACCUGGGCUACUACACCGGCCAGCAUGACUACUACCCGGGACAGUCCUACAGCCAGCCCGUGAGCCACUACCCGUACCACCAGUUCAACCUCAAUGGCAUCGGCACCGCUGGCACCUACUCGCCCAAAUCCGACUACUCCUACAGCCCAUCCUACCGCCAGUACGGCCACUUCAGGGACCAGCAGCUCCCGGCGCAGGAUGCAGUGUCAGUGAAGGAGGAGCCCGAGCCCGAGGUGCGGAUGGUCAACGGGAAACCCAAGAAGAUCCGCAAGCCCCGCACCAUCUACUCCAGCUACCAGCUGGCUGCCCUGCAACGCCGCUUCCAGAAAGCCCAGUACCUGGCGCUGCCCGAACGGGCCGAACUGGCCGCCCAGCUGGGGCUCACCCAGACCCAGGUGAAGAUCUGGUUCCAGAACCGGCGCUCCAAGUUCAAGAAGCUGUACAAGAACGGCGAGGUGCCGCUGGAGCACAGCCCCAACAACAGCGACUCCAUGGCCUGCAACUCUCCUCCUUCCCCGGCCGUCUGGGACAGUAACUCGCACGGCAGCGCGCCGGGCAGGACCCCACUCCCGCAGCCGCUUCCCUACAGCUCUUCACCCGGCUUUUUGGAGGAGCACAACCCCUGGUACCACCCGCAGACCCUCAGCGCGCCCCAUGGACCCCACCAGCCACCGCCGGCCACCACGAUGCAUCACACCUCCCCGGGGCCACCCCCCAACACCGGUGCUGUCUACUAACAGCCGGGGCAUGAGAGACAGUGGCAGAGCUCCUUGGCCUCCUUUUUUCCCCCCUACUUUUUGGUUUUUCUUCUUUCUUUUUUAAAAAGAGGACACCCCUGUACACCCGUCCCCAGAUUUACACUUAUGUAUCCCAUCCUCUCCCAGCUCAUCUCAGGAACAGGAGGACUGCAAAGGGUUAAACUCAUUAGCUCCCAGGAGAAGGUGGCAAAUUCUUCUUAUGCAAUUUUUUUUUUUCCUUUUUUCCAUCACCCUGGGAUCCCAUCGGCUGGAGGAGCCGCGUCCCACCGGGAUCCCUCGCUGGAGCUUUGCUUCUUGGGGCCAGCGCGGUGAGCUGCCCUGGGGGGCUGCCCCAUGCCAACCCCCCCAAAGCCUGGGGGACACCCAGGAGGGGCCCCCGCAUCCCAGUGGGGAUGGAGGACACGGCGUCACCCAUCGCUGAUGCCCAAGGAGUGGGAUGGGACACGCUUUGCCCUCGCAGCGCCUGGAAUCCCUGGCCAUGGAUGCCCCGCAGGAGUAAAACUGGGACCCCCAGCCCAGCCGCUUGGGUGGGAGCUUCGCAGGAACCGCCCGGGACGAUGCUCAGACCAAAAGGUGGUUAUUUAAAAAGAAAUAAAAAGGGGAGCGGGGGGGGAGAAAAAUAUUUUAAUAUUUAAACAGUUCAGGAAUUGCUUAAGUUAUUUUUUAAAGAGGAAAACUGGGCCGGUGUCUGUUUUCUGACAGUGCCUCCCUCUGCGCCGGCUCAGCCAACGCGGAGCAGAACGCCUGUUUUUUAAAUAAAUUGACAACACAUUUUAAAGGAAAAAAAAAAAGCCCAAAAAACAAACCUCUUCACUAUUUUUUAAGAGAACGACGCUAUUUUUUUAAAGCGCAGCUUUAAGGAGUGUUCGCCUGUGUUGUACAGUCCCGGGAAUCUUAUUUAUGUUGCCUUAUAUAAAUAGGGGUGUUUGGGGGAAAAAAGAGAGUGUACAUAAGGUUUGUUUGUAUAAAGUUGAUCCAAACCAAACAGGAUUCGGUCUGGUGUUUUGUUCACUUUUCCUUUUCAAGGACCCCCCCCCGGGUGAUGAGAGCCCCUCUAGGGCUGGGGAACCUCCCAGCGCCCUUCGCUGCUCUCUCCAGGGGAA